UUCUGUUAUAUAAAUCUUCUCCAUUUCUCUUGGCCAAGAAAAAGGGUAGGCCGUCUCGUCCUCUCUCCCAUCUCUUUUCUUUAUAUAUAUAUUUUUUUCACUGCAUUUCAUUUUGGAGAUGGGUCCGGGUCUCUACUCCGAAAUCGGCAAGAAGGCCAGAGAUCUUCUGUACAGGGACUACCUGACGGAUCAGAAGUUCACCGUCACGACCUACACCUCAAGUGGAGUUGCAAUUACAGCUUCGGGUACUAAGAAAAAUGAGUUUAUUUUUGGCGAGAUUCAAUCUCAGCUGAAGAAGAAGAAUAUCACAGUUGAUGUGAAAGCAAACUCGGAAUCAAAUCUGUUAACAACUGUUACAGUUGUUGAACUUGCGACGCCUGGAUUGAAGACAAUAUUCAGCUUUGUUGUGCCAGAACAGAGAUCUGGAAAGGUUGAGCUUCAAUACUUGCAUGAUUAUGCAGGUGUCAACACAAGUAUUGGAUUGACUGCCAAUCCCAUUGUCAACCUUUCUGGUGUUUUCGGCACUAAAGGUUUUGCUGUUGGUGCUGAUGUAUCAUUUGACACUGCAAGUGGGAACUUUACCAAAUACAAUGCUGGAUUGAGUGUGACCAAUGCAGAUCUUAUUGCUGCCCUGACUUUGAACAACAAGGGAGAUAGCCUGAGUGCUUCCUACUACCACUUGGCGAGCCCGCUGUCGAGCGCAGCUGUUGGGGCAGAGAUCACCCACAGCUUCUCGAGCAAUGAGAACACCCUCACUUUCGGGAUGCAGCAGGCAUUGGAUCCCCUCACAAUGGUGAAGGCACGCUUCAACAAUUAUGGGAAAGCCAGUGCCCUCAUCCAGCAUGAGUGGAGGCCCAAAUCAUUUUUCACCAUUUCUGGAGAAGUUGAUACCAAGGCCAUUGAGAAGAGCUCGAAGGUUGGUCUGUCCUUGGUGCUCAAGCCUUGAUCAUAAAUUUUUGGAUGCUGUGAUGGUGGCGUCGUUUUGGGACUCUUUGGGUACUUGUUGCUCAAAUGAUGGAGUUGGCUUUAAACUUGUUUUGAUGCCUGUCCUGUAAGAAUAAUUUACUGCACGAUGAUGCACGAUGACAUGAGAUCGGUUCUCAUCUCGUACAUUCUUUUUCCUUGUCCAGUGAUUUAAACUGGAUCCGAGCAAAGAUUAAUGUGAAUGUGUUCUUGCUAA